AAAAAGGAAUCUAAGAGUUAUACAUUAUACAACGAAUAUUCAUAGAAUGCACAUUAGUUAUCACCAUGAUCGCAGGUCCUCCAAAAGGAGGUCGUCUCAUAUUUCCAUAAUUUUUUUUCAACCACUAGCCAUUCUAUGUGGAAUGUCCGAUAACUCUGAUGCUGUCGGAGAAGUUGUCGAGCGAUAAGAAACGUAUUCUGCAGUCGUAUCCAAGUUGUCUCAGAAAAAGAUCAAAACCCGUUGACAAAAGAUUAUAACGUGGGGAAGUGAUUGGAUCAGAAUGUCGGCAGCAUCAAACACGCAGCGCAAGGUCCAAGAUGACAGUAAAGGCAUUUCUAAACUGUUCUCCAGAAUGACCAAGGUUCAUGAAGUCAACCGAAAAUACGACCACGCCCUCAGCGUCAGGGUCGACGAGCUGCGCCAGAAGGAGCACAUGGAGCGAGUCCGGCGCUAUUCGGACGUCAGGGUCUUACAACGCACCCUCUCUGAGAUGCAGAUGGAAAGGAGUCGAAUGACGCACACCUUCACGCCAGAGGAAAUCGACAAUGACGAGGUUGCACCGGUCAUGUCCUGGCGUAAGAUCCAACUGAAGCGAUUCCAAACACAGCCCAGGGUCAGGCAGCGGAGGAGAUCGAACGCUGCUCAGACACUCCUUGCCGUGACAGAUAACACGGAAUUCACCGCAAAGAAUAAGUUCAGGUCGGCAGUAAUGGCGGUGUGUCUGUCUAAAGCUCUAUCAAAGAUUCCUGAAAAGAACAAAAUAAGUGAAACACCAGAGAAUCAAACAGUUCAACUUGAAAAGAAUAAGAGUGUCUCGACCAUAAACUGGAUAAAGCAAUUGAAGCACGCGAACGAAGACAAACUAGCACCAACGCACACUCCAAAUAAAAUUGAAAGCAUUGAACCGAAAAAUGAGACGGAGAAGUGCGAAUCUUCGAUGCCCGAAACUUCUGGAAUAGAACGAUCAUCACAGAGCCUUGAUAUCUUAAGGAACAGUUCAUCAGACCAGAGUAAAUCAUCGUGGGCAAGACCAGCAGAUAAAAAAGUCAACCCUGUACCGACUUUCGGUCAACUGCACCCAGCCCGUCGUUCGUCAUUGCCACGUCGACCGGGCGACCCCAAAAGAAGGCGACCGUCGACAUCAGAUAAUAUGGACAAUGACUCCCCGCAGUUUUUCAUGGACAAAACUGGAACAGUUCGCCGACUUUCAAGGCCAACGAUCAAGGACGACAUCGACGAUCAAGGAAGUCGAGGGUUAAGAUCGCAGAGUUCUUCAGAUACACCAAGAACUUGCAAGGUAUAUUCCGCAGACUCGUCGCAUUGGGACGUAUUGAACGACGAGUCGGAGUGUAAAAACGGAACGGUGCCUUCGAAAUUGGAAAGGAAAAAGAGUGAGCAGCUGAAGAGAGAUAAGGAGGUAAUGGAGAGGCUGCGUAAGUUCCUCGACUCUACGAUGCCGUGAGACUGAUUUCAUUAAUUCAUUGAGAUGAAUACAUUAAGCCAUUAUGGCCGUAUUUUGAAGCCCAGUUUAAC